AGUAACACAUGGCGGGAUCGUACUGGUCUUCUUAAUCGUUUGUUGUACAUGUUAGACAUACAUCAAGUUCUUGAAUACUACCUGACGGAUUUUUUUGUAUCGACACGUUAUUGUAAUGCCACAACACCGGAAACAAAUGAACGACAAUUGUAACGUUUUGAACCAGCCACUUCCCCGUGUAAUUCACAGACCAAUCCCAAUUACUGCAUCAUCUGUCGUACUUUCACCUUUCGAACUAGUCACUCCUAGAAUGCCUGUACGAGCUGUGGCCGAUCCACCGGAAGUGGUCCCGUCUGGUCACUGGUUUCACGGAAAUAUUAGUCGGGAGGACACUGAGAGACUUCUGAAACAUCAUUCACAAAAUGGGACUUUUCUUAUAAGAUUCAGCAUAUCGACUCACAAGUAUGUUCUGAGCGUCAUUUACAAUCAGCAGCUGUACCACUAUCCGAUAGAAGAAUUGUCAGAUGGAUUUUAUCAGGUCAAUGGAACAAAUGCUAAAUAUUUGGGCAUUGACUUACUUGUAUCAGAGUUCAGGCGUGCAAAUAACUGCAUAGUUUGCUCAUUAGGGAAGCCUGCUCCAGGUCUCCGGCCGCCUCCACAUAUUACUGUUUAUGGAGUAACCAAUGACUUGCAUCAUGCUGUAAGGAAAGCAAAUCUUAAGGGUGUUCGUGACCUCUUUACACGUGUCAACUCAAUGGAAGUAACAAGUUUAUCGGAUUAUGUGAACGAAAAAUCAGCUGACAGUGGUGCUACUCCAUUAAUCGAAGCUGCUAAAACAGGCUCCAAUGAUAUUGUCCGGCUUUUAUUAGAGCACAAUGCGUCUGUAAAUUUAAGAGAUUGCGGUGGAUUCACAGCACUUCAUCGUGCAUGUCAAAAAAGUUUUGCACAUGUUGCUGAAACCCUUCUAAGAGUCGGCCGUGCUAAUCCUCAGAUCAAAUGCCCAUUUUCUGGAAAUACUGCACUUCAUGAAGCUGCUAUGUUAGGUCAUGCCGAUUGUGUAAACUGUCUCCUACGUUACCAUGCUGCUCCAUGGGCAAGAAAUGCUGAGGCUGAGAUGCCUUUUGAAUUAGCUCUGCGCUAUGGAUUUGCUGACUUAGCUGCUGCUCUGGCCGGUUACAAACCUGCUCCAGCAAUUACAAUGCAGAACGAUUGGUAUCAUCCUUCAUUAUCAAAAUCCGAAACCGAUAAAAUAUUUUCCAAUUGUUCCACAAUUAAAGAUGGUGCAUUUCUAAUUCGACGAUCAUCACAAUCAGAAAGAAAAUUUGUACUUGUUCUAUAUUAUCAACAUCAGACACUAAAAUAUCAAAUAGAAGUAGUUGAUUUUUCAUUUCAUAUGGAUACAAAAGAAGCUUAUUUCAUUGAUAAAGGUCCACUUCAUUUAUCCUUAGAACACUUAGUAGAACAUUAUAGUCGUUUCGCAGAUGGAAUACCUGUACGUUUACACUAUGCUAUAUCUCCGUCUGGUAGAAUUACUAAUAUUGAACAAUUGGUACCUCACAAUCUAGAUAAUCAUGGUCAAGAAUUAAGGAAAAUUGAAUCUUCUGCCGUUGGUGGUGAUGGAUGGGCUUUAAGAACUAUCUCAUCCAGUUUACAUGGUGGUCGUAUGGGUGCACCUUUGUCAAUGUCAAUUGCUAAGGGUGCUUCACGUCAUGGACAAAAAUCAAAUCAGGGGAAACAUCAUAGUUCAUCGAGUUCCGGCGUCUCUGGUAUGUCUAGUGGUGGUGGUCUCCUUCCAGUUGCAGCUGGUCUACAAUUAACUGCAUCUGGGACGUCUUGCAUCGGAUCAACAACUGGUUCUGGUGAACUUCGUUUAAUUCCUAGCGAUGCUGUCAUUCUAUUGUAUAGACUAGGUGAAGGUGAAUUCGGUGAGGUUUAUCGAGGCAGACUACACUUGGAUAAUGGUAUAGUUCAAGAAGUGGCUGUGAAAGUUCUUGUCCAACCAUCACAAAGAUUGGAUUUUUUGAAAGAGGCUACAAUCAUGAUGCAAUUAUCUCAUCCACAUAUUGUAACGAUUUAUGGUGUAUGUGAGAAUAAACGCUUAAUGAUGAUAUUAGAAUUAGCUGAACUUGGCAGUUUAUUAGAUUAUCUAUUAGAUUAUCCGGAAAAAUGUCAAUUACCUGAAUUGUACAAUUGGAGUAUGCAAAUUGCAAGUGGUAUGAGCUUUCUAGAAUCAGCUAGAUUUGUUCAUCGAGAUUUGGCUUGUCGUAAUGUCCUAUUAUCAAAUCAUUCUUGUGCAAAAAUUUCUGAUUUUGGUCUGUCACGUGCAGUUGGCGUUGAAUCCGAUUACUACAAGGCUACACAACGUGGUAAAUGGCCAGUGAAAUGGUAUGCACCAGAAUCAAUUUAUUACAAAACAUUCAGUCAUGCUAGUGAUGUCUGGUCGUUUGGUAUAUGCUUAUGGGAAAUGUUCUCAUUAGGUGAACAUCCAUAUGCAGAUCAAGAUAGUUUUGAAGUUUUACGUCAAAUUGAGGAAGGUGUACGUCUACCUAAGCCCCAUUUAGCUAAUGAUGAUGUUUUUGCUAUUAUGCAUGAUUGUUGGGCGUAUAAUCCAGAUGCACGACCAACAUUUGCUCAACUUCUCGCUGUAUUUCAACAUCUUGCUACUAAUGUUUACGAAAAUGUUGAGCCACCGGAAGUGGUGGUCCCAGGCAAUGCAAAUCCAUCAUGUAAAGUUGUGAAAAAUGGUAUAGCAUGUCAUAAUAGUACUAAGAAUAACAAUAUCUCUUCAUCCACUACUGCUCCUCAUCCUUCUAUUGUCACUACUACCAUGGCAACUGGUACUACUAACCACAAUGAUAAUCAACACAUUAGUGGCAAUGAUCGACGUCAAACAAACUGUACUAAUGUACGUAUUCCAAAUCUUGUCCAAACUAACGGUUCAUCAUAAUAGAACAAAUAUAAGAGAAGAUGGCAGGAUAGAAUGAUUAGUAAGACAAAUAGAAUGAAAACGUUUUUUAAAAAAACUUCUCUAGUCUAAUAUGCUUUCUCUUUUUACUUUUUGGAUAAGUUUUCCAUUUUAUUUUUGCUUUUAUCAAGUGAAUAGUUUUGUGUAAGUGUGUGUGUAUAUGUGUAUAUGUAUGAAGCAAUCUCUAUCGUUCCAUUUCUAUUCUAUUCAUGUAUGCAUUUUUAUUUGAUUCAUCAACCAAUAAUCAUAAUAUCUACCUCUUUUGAUGAUGACAAGUAUUCAACAACUUUUAUUGGUUGUAUCUCCAAGACAUUAUACUGUACCGUUGAUGAUGAUUUUGAUUGAAAUCAUUAUUUAAAAAGAAAAAAAAAGAAGAAGAACAAUCGAUAAUAAUGAUAAUUUCUCUCUUUAUAUUUUAAUUUCUUUUUUAAGUCUAGCAUUUAAUUCAAUUCAUUAUUUUGCCGUUCUUUUUUUGUGUGUGAUAUUCUCUUGUUUCUUCUCUUCUUUUUUUUUCUGUCUCUACAACGGUAUUGUUGUCAUUUUGAAAUCAUGUUAUCGUAUUAUAUCGAUUUCUAAAUUAUUAUUAUUAUUAUUAUUAUU